AUGUCUAUAUUUAUUUACCGUUUCUUUUUAGUGAACGUAGCUCGAAAUAAGAGAGCAUACCAGAGUUCGUAUUUGAGCGGAUAUGAACAAUAUGCGUCUAACGCCACUGAUGGUGUAAGCAAGCAAACUGGAUACAGCUUUAUUCAUACCAAUACAGGACAGACGUACACCUGGUGGGAAGUGGAUUUAGAAAAAACAUUUUUUAUUCAUGAAGUCAAAAUAUACUUCAGAACUGACUAUAAGUUGAGAAGAAACGGUGUCCAGGUGUACACUAACACAAGGGAGAGAACGUCUAACACUGGGCAUCUGUGUGGUACUGUGACUGGUAGACCAAACGGAUCUGACAUCCCUGACGUGGUGACCAUCACCUGUGACGUCAACGCGAGAUAUGUGACAAUCUACCAAGGAACCGAUAAUGGUGGAUCAACAGCCUUGGACUUCAUGGAAGUUGAAGUCUAUGCAUGUGAGUUGGAUGUCAAAUAUGGCACUACCUGUGACAAGUUGUGCAACAGCCGCCACUGUGCCGUACAAUCCUCAUCAUGUAACGUGCAGACAGGAGACUGUGACAGUGGGACAUGUCAGCAAGGGUGGACAGGAGCUGACUGCACAACAGCGUGUACACAGGGAGACAACUAUGGAGCUAACUGUAACAGGAACUGCCGAGACCGACACUGUGUUUCUUCAUCUCCGCCCUGCAGUACAGUCACAGGAGACUGUGGUAAUGUGGGGUGUCAACCCGGCUGGACGGGAGUCGACUGUACACAGCGCUGUAGUAGAGGUGCAUACGGCUCCGCGUGUUCUCGACAGUGUUCAGCUCGACACUGUGAGGGAGACUCGACAUGUGAUCACAUAACCGGUAGGUGUGUUAGAGGAUGUCAGGCUGGAUGGAUGGGAACUGACUGCACGACAGAAUGUCAGGAAGGAAUAACCUAUGGUUCUGGCUGUACGAGGCGGUGCACUGAUCGUCAUUGUCUACAUAAUUCACAGUGUGAUAAAACGACUGGGAGAUGUGUGGGAGGAUGUCAGUCAGGAUGGAGAGAACCAGACUGUUCACAAGCAUGCAUGAAGAAUGUCAGAUAUGGACCUAACUGUAACAUGUACUGUAACCGACGUAAGUGCGCGUCUUCAAAUCGACCCUGUGAUGUACAGACAGGAAACUGUGGUACUGGUGGUUGUAAACCUGGCUACCAGGGAGUCGACUGUACGCAAGGCUGUAGUAGAGGUACAUACGGCUCCACGUGUUCUCUACAGUGUUCAGCUCGACACUGUGAGGGAGACUUGACAUGUCAUCACAUAACCGGUAGUUGUGUUAGAGGAUGUCAGGCUGCAUGGAGGGGAACUGACUGCAUGACAGCAUGUUCGAGUGGCUACAACUAUGGACCAAACUGUGCAAAAGACUGUUCUCAACGUCACUGUGUGUCAUCUUCAUCCUGUAAUAUAAAGACAGGAGCCUGUGAUGCUGGUGGGUGCACAGCUGGCUGGAUGGGAGAUGACUGUGCACAAGAAUGUCAGGAAGGACUAACCUACGGUUCUGGCUGUACGAAACAGUGUGCUGGUCGUCACUGUCUGCAGAAUUCUCCCUGUAACACGAAUACUGGGAGAUGUGUGGGAGGUUGUCAGUCAGGAUGGAGAGAACAAGACUGUUCACUAGUUUGUUACGCUGGGCGCUAUGGACCUAGCUGUUCACUACAGUGUUCAUCUCGACAUUGUAAGACGAGCUCAACUUCAGCAUGUAAUCCAGUAAAUGGGUCAUGUGACAAUAGUUGUCAGUCUGGUUGGCAAGGCAUCGACUGCACAGAUUGUAAAGGAGGACUGACUUACGGUAAUAACUGUGACAAGCGAUGUGCUGAUCGUCACUGUCUGAAUAACUCGACCUGUGCAGCUAACACUGGAUUGUGUGUAGGAGGUUGUCAGCCGGGUUGGAAAGACGUCGAUUGUUCAAAAGUUUGUCGCUGGCCGUGGUAUGGACCCAACUGUUCCCUGUCAUGUACAGACAGACACUGUAGCGGACAGUCAGGUUGUAAUAAGACUGAUGGAAAAUGUGAAACAGGUUGUCAGACACGAUGGAAGGGUGUCGACUGUUUAGAAUGUAAUGACAGAUAUGGCGCAGACUGUAGUCUAGACUGUAGGACGAGACACUGUAAGGACAACAACUCUCCUUGUGAUUCCCGGACUGGAGAGUGUGUUGAAGGAUGUAAACCUGGAUGGAUGAACGCAACCUGUACUCAACAAUGUCCGUCUGGCAAAUAUGGAGAGGGGUGCCUUGAAGAAUGUAUUGACAGGCGUUGCUAUGGCAGCCAACGAUGUGAUCUGGCCACAGGACAGUGUGUCGAUGGGUGCAUUGCUGGAUGGCAAGGAGUGUCCUGCAGCGAAGUUAAAACGGAUCCGACGACAGUUUCACCACAACAAGCCAGUGAUUCGACAAUUGCAGUUUUAUCUUCGGUUAUUGGAGUACUGUCCGUGUUUGUGAUUAUAGAGUGUAUUGUUAUUAUCAGAUUUAUUCUUAUUGUUAGAAAAUUGCGAACAUCGAGUGGGCCUAGUGUCUCGUUUUCAAAGAAACCUAACAAUAGAAUGACGACCACAACUUCUUCGGUCUAUGAAGUUGUUGACAGUGAAACCGAUGUUCGUUCUCCGCCAGAUGAACGUGUUUUUAACACUCAAAAUGGCCAGAACAAUGAUGCACAACAUGAUUACGUAAACUCGUCACAUCCGGCAGAAAGCAGCCAGGAGAAUGUUAAUAAUUAUGACAGACUGGAUGUUGAUGUUAUUGGUGAAGGUUCUCCGUACAGUAAGAUAGAGGACUAAGAUACACUAUGUAACCAAGUUUAGCAAAGUAUAGCCAAAUAUCAACAGCUGAUAUUUCACAAGAACCGUACACAUUAAAACAGGUUGAAUAUAUUGACCUGACAUAUACAAUUGUAUAUAUUGUUUUAAUUCAUCUGCGACAUAACCUGUUGUUUGUAUAUAUAUUGUUAACACAUUUUCUAUUUUGUUAUCUUGGCUGUUAUUAGUAUUAUCAUUUUGUUGUUAUUAUUAUUUUAUUGUAAACAUUAAAUCCUCACUUACUUGCAGUUAAUGAAUGUCCACCAUUUGUGGCGUAUUUUAGUGGAUCUUGACCUGUCAAAUUUAUUACCAAUUAUUUGAAUAUUUUCAGAAAUACAAAAUAAUUUCUUGUUUGAAUUAGUCGACUAGUAAUCAGAUAAGAAAAGCGAGAUAACGUCGGCUAGUUACGUAUUCCACAAUGUGCGGUUCUGUAAUUAGACUCCCAAAGUUGAAUGUAGUUACAGGGUGUACAGGGUAUGCAGACCCAUUCACCCCUAGAGCGAACAAUAAGCGUACGAGACCGGGGGCAACUCUAUAUAGCUGUUUGGUAUUACCGCUAAUAUUUAGAGAAUAACU